CUUUAUUACAGAUUAAAAUGGCAUGCUUCACAUUCUUCAAAUUUAUGAUGGUCUUGUUCAACUUGCUUAUCCUUCUGGGGGGUCUGACCCUGAUGGGCGUGGGGAUUUGGGUGAGUGUGGAUAAGGGUUUGUUCCUACAGGUGCUGAGUCCCUUCUCCACCCUCGACACGCAGUUUGUCAAUGUGGGCUUCUUCUGCAUCGCUAUUGGAGGAGUGCUGGUUCUACUGGGUGUCCUGGGCUGCUGUGGAGCCCACAAGGGGAGCAAGUGUCUGCUGAUACUGUUUUUCUCCAUCAUCCUGAUAAUUUUCAUCGCUGAAGUGGCAGCCGGAACGGUGGCCCUCGCCUACUCUUCGUUUGCCGAGGGGAUUCUUAAAGCAUGGGCCACCCUUGUCUUGAAGAACCAGUAUGGCAGCUAUCCGGUGGUUACCAAGAUCUGGAACAGCACUAUGACUGAGCUGAAUUGCUGUGGCUUCACCAACUACACAGACUUUACUGACUCGUACUACUUCGAGCAGAGUGAGGGCAGCUACCCACCCAGCUGCUGCCAGCUAGACACUGCCCCCUGCAGCCAGCAGCAGGCAUGGCACAGUGCUGUUCAGGGCUGUUUUGCACAGCUGUUGGAGGCCCUUCAGAAGCAUGCCAACAUCGUAGGUGGAAUAGCCGUAGGCAUCGGAGGGCUAGAGGUGGCAGCGAUGCUGGUGUCCAUGUAUCUGUACUGUUAUCUGGACAACAAUGUCAGCUGAGACUUUGUAUUGUACAGACAAUAUGUUGUUAUGUACUGUGAAAGGUUAAUAAUAGUGAUUGUAGUGCCAUCAAAUCUGAUCGGUUGCCUUGAUGUUAUUAUCUACAAAUGUAUAUCAGUUAUCCAUUAUUUCACAUUUACUAAUCAAAAGAGAUAUCUUUUUAAUUAAUAGCACACAAAAGCCAAAACAUAGUACUGUAAUUGUGUGUAAUGUUAUUUUAGAUAUUGUCACAUUUAUCUACUGUAAAUACACUUUAUAUUUACAAUAAAUUUCAGCUACCAACAUGUCUGGAUGUUUUACAACAAAAUCACACAUUUGAAGUUCCUACAUCCACUAAGUGUUCAAAACAUCAACGACAUCUUCCUAAUAUUGAGUUGUACCCCGACCCUUUUUGCCCUCAGAACAGCCUGAAUUUGUCGGGGCAUGGACUCUACAAGGUGUUGAAAGCGUUCCACAGGGAUGCUGGCCCAUGUUGACUCUAAUGCUUCCCACAGUUGUGUCAAGUUGGCUGGAUGUCCUUUGGGUAGUGGACCAUACUUGAUGAGCACGGGAAACUGUUGAGCAUGAAAAACCCAGCAGCGUUGCAG